AUGACAGAGUUCCAGGUUGGUCAGCAAUUUCAGGAUAAAGAGAAUGCCCUGUUAAGUGUGAAGACUUACAGCAUCCGCCAAGGGGUACAGUAUAAGGUAGUGGAGUCUGAUUAUCGCCGUUAUGUUGGCAAGUAUUCUAAGUUCGGGAAUAGGUGCACAUGGUUGAUUCGGCUUAGUCUCUGGCAGCGUAAGGGCAUUUGGGAGGUGAAACGGUACAAUGGACCACAUACUUGUCUGGCCAGCUCUAUCUCCAGCGAUCAAAGGAGUUUGGAUUAUCAUGUGAUAUCGGCAUUCGUUAUGCCAAUGGUUAGAGCUGAUGCAUCCGUCAGCAUCAAGGUGCUUCUAAAUGCGACGGCUUCACACUUUGAAUUCAGGCCUACGUACAGGAGGGUCUGGUUGGCCAAGCAGAAGGUUGUUGCCCUCAUUUAUGGUGACUGGAAUGAGUCGUACAAUGAGCUCCAAAGGUGGGUGUUAGGAGUGCAAGUUACCAUGCCUGGUUCUGUUGCAGUUCUUCAGACUAGCCCUGUUCGAGUUGGGGGACAGUUGGAUGAGUCUCAGUCGUUGGUGAGUAUUGAUGCCACCCACCUAUAUGGCAAGUACGGGGGUACGUUGCUUGUUGUGAUUGCACAAGACGGGAAUUCCAACAUACUCCCUGUUGCAUUCGCACUAGUUGAGGGUGAGAAUGCUGAGUCGUGGCAUAACGGCAUCAAGGUCGUGCUUGAGGCUCCCGACUGGGGAUGGCUACCUCCGUCUGCAUACCGGGCUUUCUGCAUUCGACACGUAGCAGCAAACUUCGCCCUCACCUUUAAGGGUAAAGAUGCAAGGAGGCUUCUUGUGAACGCUGCCUAUGCUAAGACCGAUGUCGAGUUCGAUUACUGGUUUGAUAUUCUACGCUUGGAAGACCCGGUGAUGUGUGAAUGGGCGAACCGGAUUGAGUAUUCAUUGUAG